UCCCCGGCCCAGGGCGCUGGGGCUGCCCUCCCCGUUUCGGAGCCGAGUUCCAGCUGGCUCCGUAAGGUCUCCGAGGGAUCUGGUCGGUUCCAGAGCCACGCGCAGCUCUCCUGGAAUCCCGCGUGGCCCUGACCAGGCACCCCGCCGCCCCUGCAGCCCACCCAGACCCGGAGCUCACCUCCAGGACCUGGAGCCCGCCCUCCUGCCCAGAAUGACUCACCAUUAUUUCUAGCUCAAGCGCGGAGACGUGAUGGGGAGCCGGGCUGCCUGUUUGUGUAGCUAGGAUUCCCUCACCAUCUAAUCAGCUCUGCAGGGGAGAGAGCUCCAGAUCCCUGCCUUGCCAGCCACGCUGUGCCGCUGGCUCUCAGGGAGCCCUCGGGGCUCUCCGGCAGGAGCCAGGCCCAUGCCCCGGCGCCUCCUGGGGCCGUCAGCAGCACCUUGAGCUCCCUGCCGCCAGGCAGCUGGAAGGCGUAGCGUGAGGCGCAUCUCUCAGUCCCAACUAUGACAGUGGCCACCGGAGACCCAGCGGACGAGGCUGCUGCCCUCCCCGGGCACCCCCAGGACACCUACGACCCAGAGGCCGACCACGAGUGCUGCGAGAGGGUGGUGAUCAACAUCUCGGGGCUGCGGUUUGAGACCCAGCUGAAGACCUUAGCUCAGUUCCCAGAGACCCUCUUAGGGGACCCGAAGAAGCGGAUGCGGUACUUCGACCCCCUCCGGAACGAGUACUUCUUCGACCGCAACCGGCCCAGCUUCGACGCCAUCCUGUACUACUACCAGUCCGGGGGCCGGCUGAGGCGGCCCGUGAACGUGCCCUUAGACAUCUUCUCGGAAGAGAUCCGGUUCUAUGAGCUGGGGGAAGAGGCGAUGGAGAUGUUUCGGGAAGACGAAGGCUACAUCAAAGAGGAGGAGCGGCCCCUGCCCGAAAACGAGUUUCAGAGGCAGGUGUGGCUGCUCUUCGAGUACCCGGAGAGCUCAGGGCCCGCCCGGAUCAUCGCCAUCGUGUCGGUCAUGGUGAUCCUGAUCUCCAUCGUCAGCUUCUGCCUGGAGACGCUGCCCAUCUUCCGGGACGAGAACGAGGACGUGCACGGCGGCGGGGUGGCCUUCCACACCUACGCCAACAGCACCGUCGGGUACCAGCAGUCCGCCUCCUUCACCGACCCCUUCUUCAUCGUGGAGACGCUCUGCAUCAUCUGGUUCUCCUUCGAGUUCCUGGUGCGCUUCUUCGCCUGCCCCAGCAAAGCCGGCUUCUUCACCAACAUCAUGAACAUCAUCGACAUCGUGGCCAUCAUCCCCUACUUCAUCACCCUGGGGACGGAGCUGGCCGAGAAGCCAGAGGACGCCCAGCAGGGCCAGCAGGCCAUGUCGCUGGCCAUCCUCCGCGUCAUCCGGCUGGUAAGAGUCUUUAGGAUUUUCAAGCUGUCCAGACACUCCAAAGGUCUCCAGAUCCUAGGUCAGACCCUCAAAGCCAGCAUGCGCGAGUUGGGCCUCCUGAUCUUCUUCCUCUUCAUCGGGGUCAUUCUGUUCUCUAGCGCUGUCUAUUUCGCUGAGGCCGAUGAACGAGACUCCCAGUUCCCCAGCAUCCCGGAUGCCUUCUGGUGGGCAGUGGUCUCCAUGACAACUGUAGGCUAUGGAGACAUGGUCCCGACCACCAUUGGGGGAAAGAUAGUGGGUUCCCUGUGCGCGAUUGCAGGUGUGUUAACCAUUGCCUUACCAGUCCCCGUCAUAGUGUCCAAUUUCAACUACUUCUACCACCGGGAGACAGAGGGAGAGGAGCAGGCCCAGUACUUGCAAGUGACCAGCUGUCCAAAGAUCCCGUCCUCCCCUGACCUAAAGAAAAGUAGAAGUGCCUCUACCAUUAGUAAGUCCGACUACAUGGAGAUCCAGGAGGGGGUCAACAACAGUAACGAGGACUUUAGAGAGGAGAACUUGAAAACGGCCAACUGCACCCUGGCCAACACAAACUAUGUGAAUAUCACCAAAAUGCUAACCGAUGUCUGACCGCAGCCUAGCCACACGCUCGCAGCUCUCAGUGGAACUAAACGCAGACACUGCGUAAGAGCCUGCACCGUAGUCAGUCCGUCCCACCGUGUGUCUCUGGUUCUGCAUGGAGAGCAGCAGUCGUGCCAGUGACUCUUGAACCUCCGAUUUUUUGAUUUAGAACACAGAAUAGCUAUCCCUGGCUCUCACGUGAACCCUCAUCACCGGUUGAGGGGUUUCCAAAGAUGGGGAGUCACCCGUGGAGCCAGGAUUUGAGGCCACCUCAUAGCACAUACGUAACCUGCCACGUGAGAUCCACCUUUCCUUCCUGAUUCGAUGCACGCAGCGCAGUGCCCAGCAGGUGCACCCCCAACCCCGCCCCUGCCCCCGCCCAUCUGAGUCCACCUGCACAGAGGAGAACCGCGGUAGCUUAGCUUUAAAGCGCUGGUAACUACUUGAGAGGUCGUCCCCGUGUUACGCUGAACAGAACGCAUGGUCCCAUGUGCUGGAAUUCCUGUCUCUGUCACAGGCUGGGGUCUGCGAAUCGCAGCUGCCAAGUGUGUGCUCCAGACAGAGGCUUGUGUUUCAUAACGGAAAAUGCUGCAUUUGAUUUUUUUUUUCCUCUGCAGUGUCGAUGAGAGGGAAGCCUGAGGGAGGGACAGUUAAGUGGGACUGAUGGGGAGUCGUCAAGUUUCACAUUUGCUCCCCCGGAGGCCUGUGGGGAGAAGCUAACAAACCCGGGGACCUCUCUGCUGCAGGUCUCAGAUCUCACCAUUCCCGCAGGCUUCAGGGUCCCAGAAGCAGGUCCCGCCGCUGUGUGGCACGGGGGUUCGCAGACAUCCGCUUGCCUAGCGCCGUGGGCCAGCCACUCUGACGCUGCAGUGACAUUUUCCAGUGAUGCAAUAGAGCUGCAUGGGUGUUUGCUGCAUGACUCUCAGUAUUUAACACACAGGAGAUAACCUAUUUUCUUAGUAGCCUAUACAGUAUCCACACGUAGAGUAUUAAAAGCCUAGGAAUGGCGUCGGACUAGGGUUUUUCCCCCAUCAGAAGAUGAAAGCCCUCAGUCAGGAGAAAAAAGAGGCUAUUUGGAAGGGGGGCCCAAGACUUCUGGCCCUCCAGCCCUCCCCAUACCUGUUCUUCCAGACGGGGGCACAGGCCUCUGCAAAGCCGGGAGAGUGGGCAGGGGAGGCAGCGCCGAAACACCUCACCGAGACUGCCCCUUAGGAGUUAACUGAGCCGCAGGCGUGACUGUGCAGCCGACCAGGGCGUCUGGUCCCGAGGAAGGCGGAUCUGUGGAUCCGAUGUAUAUAUCUCUAUAUAUAUCUAUAUAUAUCUAUAUAUAAAUAUAUAUCAAGCGUCUCCUUCCCAAGCUCCUCCACCUAGCAAGCUCUAGAGACCAUUGCAUUUGAACCUUGGAUAAGCUGAUGCAAUAUUUUUGACACAGGGCAACUGAUGCAUGUGCCGGACUAUGUGCACUAUCGUGUAUGUAUGUAUAUGUACACAUGUACGUGUGUGUACAUUUACAUGCACACACACUCACAUAUAUCUUCACUCGCUGGAGUUCAGGUUCAGGAGCAGACCCACUGCUUGGUGGGCUGGUUAUCUAAGAGGCCUCCCGGGUUCAUCGACCUCGCCGGUAACCCCCCCGGGCCUGGGUGUGCUGCCGUCGCCUCAGGCGCUCCGGUCUCCACGGACUCUCAGACGUUAGAAUUGUCUUCUGCCCUCCACGUGCUGCAGCCUCAGUCCCCGCGGCUGAGGCUUGUCUUACCGAGCGCACGAGGGCCCCCCCGGCCCUCGCGGCUCCUGCUGUCCUGGGCCAGCCCGGCCCCGGGCCUCCCCUCCAGUCCCUUGUGGUAACCAUCUCCCCCACCUCCGUCCCUACCGUGUUAGGUUUUCAUUGUCAUUGGCUCCGCAUCGGUCACCUUCAGGAACCUACCCCUAGAGGGCUCGAGUGGAUCACCUGCCUUGAAACCAAGGUCACCAGCGAGGAGGGCUCCUGGGCACCCGAUCCCACAGGCCUGGACUUAAAGGGAUCCUCCUCCCCUACGGGGAGACUUCCAAAGCCCAGGACCAGUGGGGCGGAGUCCCCGGAUGACCCGUAGGCGUGAUUUUGAUGGACAGGCUCAGACUCGCUCCCCACUAGAUUGGCAACCGGAGCUGCUUCAGCAACCUGAAGGAUGGGUAGAGAAGGGGUCCCCACCCCCGGAAGAGGUUGAGCAUGGCUGAGCUCCACACAGCCUGCAGGUCGAGUGCGGGCUGGCCCUAGAAGGGGGUGCGGUGGGGGGGCUUUGCUGCUCAUCCCGGCUUCUUUGCCUUUCAGUGUAACAGCGGAAGUUCCCCAGACACAGGGAGCUGUGUGGUCGGGCUGCCCAACUGCAGCGGCCCCGGCCCCAGCCUUACUGUCGGCUGUUUAGCACCUACAGUUACCUUGGGGGUGGGGCACCAGCUCAGGGUGCUAGGCCCAGGGUGCUCAUUAGUUCCUGGUCACCCACAUCCCCAGGUGUCUGCAGGGUAUCCCAGGCCCAGUGCAAAGCGUCUGUGCUUCUCUUCCUCUCCUCAUGGGAGGUGGUGCUGCAUUGCCAAGACAUGGGGCAGGAGGGACCCAACCCCUACCUGAGGCCUAGGUCAAGGGUGGAGACUUUAUCCCCACGUCCAUGGCCUGCCACUCUAAAGUGUUCACACUCAUAGACACACCUGCAUGCACACCCACCACAAAGAGUUACACCGUUGCCACAUACACAGAAACAAAACAUGCAACACACAUGCACAACACAGAGACCAAAUUAAUGAGAAGGGCAUACACAGAACAUAUGUGGCCAUACCCAUGUCCAAGUUAUGUGUUCCCAGCAUGGACACAGAGUAGAUUCACUAAUACAGAACAUAGACAAAGGCCUGCACACACCAAGUCAAAGGUGUGACCUGCAACCCAGGUGUGGCAAACACAAGCUACGUGAGCGCAGUGAGUCUGCCUACGGAACACAGGAAGGGCAACUUGCCCUUGUUUCUGCAUGCAGAACACACACAAACUCGGUUUACACACACGUCACGUUCACCGUACAAGGCACUCGAGAUGCAGCAUGCACAACCGAGGACACACAAUACACACAGAAUGUAUACACACACUCAGAUCCACGGCUCUGCCCCCAGACCUACAAAUGAAUAGGCACAAACAGAAGAUCAGAUUUAUUCCUUUUAAGAUUUUAUUUAUUCAUUUUUUAGAGAGAGGGGAAGAGAGAGAGGGAGAGAACCAUCAAUGUGUGGUUGCCUCUCGCUCGCCCCCUACUGGGACCUGGAUUGCAACCCAGGCCAGUGCCCUGACUGGGAAUCGAACUGGCGACCCUUUGGUUUGCAGGCUGGUGCUCAGUCCACUGAGCCACAGCAGCCAGGGCAGAAGAUCAGAUUUAAACAUCUUUCCCUAGCCUGCAUGUAUACCCCUCAGUAUCCUUCAGGAAAUUUCUUUUUCUAGUCUCUUCUCUCCCUCCCUCACACACCCCCAAGAAGAUUUAAAUCAUUUAAAUCAAUCCCCAAGAUUUAAAGCAGAAAGACAGGCCACCCAUUAUCAAGAAGAUCUCUGAUUCAAACUGGGAAUCGCAUGAGGUCUCUACUUACUCACCUCCCUCCCACCAGAAACCCGGGUGCAGAGUGUGGAAGGAAGGACCUGGGACAGCUAGUGGCCUAUUAAUACACCUCCUCGCCACCUGCCUUCCCUCAAAGCCAGUCCACGCAGAGGGCUCAGUAGCCUCGUCUCCCCAGCUCCCAGCCCCUGGGGUCUCUCCAUUCCAUUCGGUUAAAAGCACUGAUGGUUCAAGAAACUGCAGAGUCCUGGGCCCAGAACCACAGCGAAGAUGCCCCAACAUGCCCUCAGUCCACAGACCUUAUUGCCCCUCCAGCCCCACGGCUUUGUGGGGACCCAGUCAGAAAGUUGGACUGAAGACAGAUUUACCUCUUAAACGAGCCCCUUUCACCUGCUCGUGGCAUCUCACUUGCCCAUGGGCAUGAGCCCCAUGGGGUCAACUCCCGAGUCCCCCCUGGGGGGUGUUCCACCCUAGGCAUGCCCCUGCCCCCCACUGGGCUCCACGCGGGUGCCCUGCCCCCCAUCCAAUCGCUGCACCUCGAGGAAACACACACCAGUCCAGCUUAAGUAAAACACGGUUAGAGACGCGAUCCUAACGCUACGCAAGCAAACGACACCAGGUUUUAAAGGGUCUGGUUUUGGUCCUAUCUUCCAAGGCCUGAUACAAGUGCUUUGUGAGACGACUCGCUGUUUUGGGUUGCCCACGGAGCCGGGCCUUCCCACCAGGAGCACUAGCUGGGCCCUUGGGCAAAGGCUUCCCCUCAAAUGGAGGUUGGGGUUUGAGGUCAGGUGUCAGGGCAGGUAUCACGGUCCGGACCCCUGCAGGCGUGUCCCAGCCCCCUCUCGGCAGCCACAGCUCCGGGUCUCCAUGGCGGAAAGCAGCAACAGCAGGGGCCAGGGGAGUGGGCCCUGAUUUGCACGUUCAGUGCACCGUGCUGGCCUUCCCAGUGCUUCCAAGUCAAGAUCGCAAUCUUCCCUUUAGCUUCAGCAGUGCCUCCGCAGGGGCAGCCUUUCAGGAAGGCUGGCGUUCUCAGGAGGCUGAAGGGAAGGAAGGCCAGGAAAGGUGGGCAGGUCGUCAGGAAGAGAGGGCGACCGAGCGGGUCAGAGUUUGGAGUAGGCUCUUCAGGAGCCAAGAUGGAAUGAAGGACAGGGCUAAGGCUUGGAGCUUCCAUAGUGUUUGAUGCUCUCUCCUCCCCACUCUCGGCUGCCGCCCCCUGCCCCCUCAGCUGGGCUCCUGAGGACGGAGGAGGAGUAUCGCCAGGAAUUGAGCCUUGUCAAAGGGGCCCCAAGGGAGUGUGUCUCCGGCCACCAUCAGCCCGUGGGGAGAGGCCUCCCGUGACAGCAGAGCCGGCUGGAGUCCCCGGCCCGGAGGCCCUGUACGGGGAGCGCUGCAGGACUUGCUCGUCCUGUCCUCUCAGGAUCUGUCACCCCACCACGGUGAGGUCUUUGGCCACCCGACUUCCUCCUGGUCUGCCGUAAACAUCAGGGCCGACCCAUGUGCAGAGUCUCGGGCCAGGGGGUUCAGUGCUGCCCACGGUCACAGGGAAGAGAGGUGGGAGCUGCCUUCUACAAAGGAAACUAGAGGACACUCAGCAAAUGCCACAGCAGGUGACACGGCACCCCCCAUGUUGGGCAGGAAGAGCACAGAGCUUUGAACUGUGAACCCCAGAGGGGAUGGGGACUC